AUGUUCGGGGCCCUCAACCGCUUCAUAUCCCGCCUCGACUCCGACGCCCCCCCUCAAACCUCCCGCGACAGCUACGGCGCGUUUGGCUUUCAAGUCCUGCGCAACAAGAACAACGAUAUACCCAUUGAGCCCUGGUACGACUUUGUCGUCGGCAUCAAUGGGCGACAAAUUGAAGAACCUGACACGAACUCUUUUGCUGUUGAAAUACGGAAUUGUGCGGGCUCCAAUGUUGCCUUGACAAUCUGGAGCGCAAAGGGUCAACGCGUGCGGACGCUCCAGGUUGCUGUUCCGACACCCUCGCCUACGCUGGGCCUCACGCUGCAAUGGACACCGCUUUCCUCUACCGAGGAUGUCUGGCAUGUCCUUGAUGUAAUCCCUGACUCCCCUGCUGACAUAGCCGGGCUUUUACCCUACGGCGACUACAUAGUCGGGACACCCGAGGGCAACAUGCGCGGUGAAGCAGGCCUCGGAGAAUUGGUGGAGGACUAUCUAUCUCGCACCCUCAGGCUGUGGGUCUACAAUCACGAAUACGCUGUGACGAGACUCGUCACUAUUACACCAUCUCGCAGCUGGGGGGGUUCAGGAGCUCUCGGCUGUGUGCUGGGCUUUGGGGCACUACAUCGACUCCCAGCGCCAUUAAACGAACCGCCUGCUGGACCGGGCGAAACGCUUUUUGAGACAGCGCGUUUCAGCAACGAAGAAAACAGGCCACCUUCUGCCAAAUUGAGAUCUUACCCCUCGGGCAGCUCUCUAUACAAGACCAGCUCGAACCAACACUCCAGUGAUUAUCUGGUGCCGGCAACAUUGGCUACUCCGCCUCCUCCACCACCUACGGGGGCUACUACACCUGGACCCCCGAGGGCGGCGAGGAAAGCGAGAAAGGCUGUGUCUCCGAAUUCGGCGUUUGAUGAAUAUUUCAAGGAAGGGGAGCAGAAAAGUAAGGAGGAGGAUUCUACUCCAGCUGCGAAGAGUGCACCGCCACCGCCGCCGAAGAUGGGUGGGCCACCGCCAGCAAAAAGUCCAGAGCCGCAAGCUGAGGCUCAAGCCGACGAAGCGGCUUCCUGA